AUGGCCAACACAAUCAACAUCGUGUCGCACCCUAUCGUUGGUGUUGAGCUCACGAAGCUUAGAGAUAAGAAUACGACCCCGAAAGUAUUCCGCGAGACUGUAAGCAAGAUCAGCCAGGCUAUAGCUUAUGAGGCUACGCGCGACAUUGAAGUCGCCCCGAUCGAUGGGGAAUCACCCAUAAGUCCGUUCACUGGCACAGUUGUUGCUCCGAAGGUUGGAUUGGCACCAAUCCUACGUGCGGGUCUGGGCAUGACUGAUGCCAUGUUGGACAUCCUUCCUGAUGCACGGGUCUAUCACCUUGGGUUAUUCCGAGAGAAGGUGUCACUGCAGCCCGUCGAAUAUUACUCUAAACUGCCGAGCCACCCUACUGUCGAGCGCGUCUUUAUCCUUGACCCACUCAUCGCUACUGGUGGUACGGCCUGUGCCGCAAUGACUAUGAUUGUUGAUUGGGGAAUCCCGGUGAACAAAGUCAAGCUCCUGUGUGUACUUGCCUCGGAAGAAGGCUUGAAGCAGGUUCAGACACAGUUUCCUGAGCUGGAGAUAUGGGUUGCAGGCGUGGACAAGACACUUACUCCUGAUGGCCUGAUCAAACCAGGUCUUGGGGAUGCGGGAGACCGUCUGUUCAACACUUUACGCCCUUAA